ACGCCCCGCGGGCUGCGCGGCUACCGCCUCCUCGGCGCCCGAGGGACUAACCAAGGCUGAGCGGCGGGGGCCGGGGCGGCCUCUCGCCAUGAACCUACACCAGGUGCUGACGGGGGCCGUGAACCCCGGCGACUACUGCUUCUCGGUGGGCAGCUUGCACGACCAGCCCUUCACGGCAUACGCAUCAGGAUGUGAUAUUGUGGUACUGGGGACUGACUUUGAAAGAUUACAGAUAAUCCCUGGUGCAAAACAUGGAAACAUACAGGUGGGAUGUGUGGACUGUUCAAUGCAACAGGGGAAGAUUGCUGCUUCUUACGGAGAAGUGAUUUGUAUCUUUGAGCCAGUUAGCCUCGUGAAGCAGAGCAGUGGUCAUCGUAAUUCGUUACAUUAUCAGUGGCAGAAGAAUGCACAAAUCUUACUGGAAGCCAUAGCACAUAAUCUAACAUGGGAUCCCACAGGCACUCGCCUUUUGACUGGUUCCAGUUGUCUUCAGCUUUGGUCCAAUGUUCCUUUGGAAAACCCUUCUGACAAUGACAGUACUGAAAGAACAGAUACUGGACUUGGUGAAUGGAGGUGUAUCUGGCAGUGCAAAACUGCUUCUCAAGUUUGUUUAAUGAAAUUCUCACCGGAUGGGGAGUUUUUUGCUACUGCUGGAAAGGAUGAUUGUCUUCUGAAGGUAUGGUACAAUACAGACAGCUGGCGAUCAGCCAUAACACCACCUGGUGCAAGUCCAGAAAAACAAGCAAAAGAAGUUGAUUUUUCAUUUGUUUAUUUGGCUCAUCCUCGAUCAGUAAAUGCGUUUUCAUGGAGGAAGACCAGUAAAUUCAUGCCACGUGGUGCUGUCUGCAAUGUACUUCUGACUUGCUGUAAGGAUAAUGUUUGUCGUAUCUGGGCAGAGACUUUGUUACCCAAUGACAGUCUGUUGAAUGGUGGAGGAUACAAUUGGAGUGAAGCAGCAAACUUCACAAGUAACUUCAAGAGAAAUACUUCAAGUAAGGAAAAAGUGCAAAAUACCUUAGAGUUAAACCUGAGGCACUUCCGACGAGGAAGGAGGAGGACAGGUGCUGUUGUAGCACAUACUGGAUAUGCUCCACAUCAGCGAGAUGCCCAUGAAGUUCACAGGAAUGUCCUUCCUCAUGCAAAUGCACUUUGUCAUUUCCAUAUUGCUGCCAGUAUCAAUCCAGCCACAGAUAUUCCUCUACUCCCUUCUAUAACAUCUCUGAGUCUCGGUGAAAAUGAAGAAACAAGUGGACCUUUUGUUGUGCACUGGCUGAACAAUAAAGAACUUCAUUUUACCUUAUCUAUGGAAGUAUUUUUGCAGCAACUUAAAAAGAGUUUUGAGCAUCAUUCCCCUGAGACUAACACUGAGGAGUCUAAUCAAAUGGAUGGCAGAUCAGAAGAAGAAGUUAAUGAAAAUGGAGAUGAACAAAAAAAAGGAAACCAAGAAAAGAAGGAUCUGGGUGAUGAGAAAACUACUGCAAAUUCAAGUUUCGUUCCUUUAUCUUCUGCUAUUAUUGAUCAUGAAAUUGAAAUACUACUUUCUGAAUGGAGUAAAAAUGCUGACAUGCUCUUCAGUAUACAUCCUGUGGAUGGUUCACUGCUGGUAUGGCAUGUGGACUGGCUAGAUGAAUACCAGCCUGGCAUGUUUCGCCAGGUGCAGGUGUCAUUUGUCUCAAGAAUUCCUGUUGCAUUUCCAACGGGUGAUGCAAACUCUCUUUGCAGAAGCAUAGUGAUGUAUGCCUGUACCAAAAAUGUCGACUUAGCUAUCCAACAAGGCAAACAAAAGCCUUCUGGCCUUACCCGAUCUUCAUCUAUGCUUAUCUCUUCUGGACACAGUAAAUCUACCAACAGUUUAAAACUAAGUAUCUUCACACCUAAUGUUAUGAUGAUUUCCAAACAUGCAGAUGGGUCAUUGAACCAGUGGCUAGUGAGUUUUGCUGAGGAAUCUGCUUUUUCAACUGUACUCAGUAUUUCACAUAAAUACCGAUAUUGUGGUCACCGUUUUCAUCUUAAUGAAUUGGCUUGCCACUCAGUGUUACCACUACUGCUUACAACCUCACAUCACAAUGCUCUAAUUUCACCAGAUACUGAGAAUGCAAAACAGGCAAAUGAUUCUUUAAAGUCUCAGGUGUCUCCAGUAAGAUUUCAGAGUAGAGGCAAUGCAAAUGUAACAUCCCAGGAUCCCAACGCAGUUUACAGUGAACUUAUUCUUUGGAGAGUUGACCCUGUUGGGCCUUUGUCCUUUUCUGGUGGAGUUUCUGAACUUGCUCGGAUCAAUUCUCUCCAUGUUUCAGCUUUUUCUAAUGUUGCGUGGCUGCCCACACUUAUACCCAGCUACUGCCUUGGUGCAUACUGUAAUUCUCCAAGUGCCUGCUUUGUGGCUAGCGAUGGACAGCAUUUGAGAUUAUAUCAAGCUGUAAUAGAUGCUAAGAAACUUUUGUGUGAGCUCUCCAAUCCAGAAAUUUCGAAAUAUGUUGGUGAAGUUUUUAACAUCGUAAGUCAGCAAUCUACGGCUCGCCCAGGAUGUAUCAUUGAACUGGAUGCUAUCACAGAGCUACACGGCAGGAAAACACAGUUAUUCCAUGUUUUUCAAGAAGACUUCAUCUUAAGUAACCAGGAGAAGGAAAUACCUGAAAAGAAGACCAAUUCAUCAGACUCUGGAAACCAGCAGAAUGGAUUCUCUGAAAAAUUCUACUUAAUAGUAGUGGAGUAUACGCAAAACUGUUCAUUGCUACAUAUGUGGCAUUUACAUCUGAAGUCAAUUCCUGUCUCAGUAGAUGAAAAGAUAGAUUCAACUACAGCUGGAUCGGCAACACAAACAGAAGUAUAUUCUUCACCAGAUAUAGAGAAGAUCCAAUCACCUUUCACUCAAAAGUAUCAGGCCUGUAGAGCAAACCUUCAGAGCACCAGCUGGCUCUCACUGUCUUCCAAAAUGGUAUAUAGUCAAAAGCUGAAUUUGCCAGAAGGAGUAGAGAUAAUAAGUGUAAAGCCAUCAGCAGGGCAUCUGAGUUCUUCUUCCAUAUACCCUGUUUGUCGUGCACCCUAUCUGCUGGCUACUUCAUGCUCUGAUGGAAAAGUUCGAUUCUGGAGAUGCAGGGUUACUACUGAAUCAUCAGCUUCUUCUGUGCCAGAGUGUAGUGCACAAAGUGGUGUCACUUACAUAUGGGAAGAGUGGCCAUUGCUGAUUGAAGAUGGACUUUUUAGUAGUAGUGCUAUUAGUGUUCCAGGAAGGCCAACAGAAGUUAGCUGUGCACACACGAACAGAUUAGCAGUAGCAUACAAGCAGGUAACAUCUAAAAAUAGUAAUCUUUCUGAAGAUUUUAUAAUGCAUGUUAGUAUUUUUGAAUGUGAAUCUACAGGGGGUUCUUCCUGGAUUCUAGAACAGACUCUUCAUUUAGAUGAGUUAGGCACUAUGUUAGACUCUGGUGUUAGUAUUGAUAGUAAUUUAGUGGCAUAUAACCAACAAGAUGUUUCUCUGUCUCAUGGUGGGAAUAUUAUGCCCAGGACUAAGCACUUGGUACACUUAGAUUGGAUGUCUAGGGAAGAUGGUUCGCACAUUCUAACAGUGGGAAUUGGAUCCAAACUUUACAUGUUUGGUCAGCUGUCUGGGAGAAUGCAAGAACAAAAUGGCAAGGAGAUUGUAGCAUUCUCACAUAGUGGCAGUAUGAAGGCUACAACACUUUCUGGGUUUGUUCUGCUGCGCUCUGUUACCUUGGUUUCAUCUGUAGAGGGUUCGCCUCCUUUUCCAGUCUCCUUGUCUUGGGUGCGUGAUGGCAUUCUUGUAGUUGGAAUGGAUUGUGAAAUGCAUGUUUACUCCCAGUGGCAGUCUCCUUCCAAGCAGGAACUGGUUAGUACAGAUUCCUACAGUGGAAGUAUGCCAUCUAUAACUGGCUUAAUGAAACAAAGCCUGUCAGCCAUCUCAGGUCUGCAUCCACCAAAACGAACAUUGACCAGAUCUAUGACCAGCCUUGCACAGAAACUUAGUGGGAAAAGGUCUGCCUAUGGUCUUUCUACGGAAAUGGAAGAUUCUGGUCUUUUUGAAGCAGCUCAUGCAUUAUCUCCCACUUUACCUCAGUACCAUCCAUAUCAACUGUUGGAACUCAUGGAUCUUGGUAAAGUACGUAGAGCAAAAGCCAUUCUGUCCCAUCUGGUAAAGUGCAUUGCUGGAGAAGUAGUCGCUAUAAAUGAAUCUGAACCUAAUCAUGAUAAGAGGCUCAGAUCUCUGACCAUCAGUGCUAGUGGAAGUACUGCAAGAGAUCCCAAAACAUUCAGCAAAACUGAGACUACAGACUAUAUUGAAAUAGACUCUGUUCCGCCAUUGCCUUUGUAUGCUCUGCUUGCUGCAGAUGAGGAUUCAUCUCAUUCCUGUUCAGAGAAGUCUAGUAGUCAAAAUAAAAAUGAUAAGACUAGUGACAAUUAUGAAGAUCUCUUUCAAAAUACCGCUGUAAGUACAGAUGAACUAGUUACAUUUGACGCAGAUGAAGACAGUUCAAAACCAAAAGUCGUCGAUCUUUCUCAGUAUAGUCCAACUUACUUCGGACCAGAGCAUGCCCAAGUUCUUUCUCGUCACUUGCUUCAUUCAAGCUUGCCAGGUCUGACUAGAAUGGAGCAAAUGUCAUUGAUGGCCUUGGCAGAUACAAUUGCUACUACCAGUACUGAAAUUGGAGAAAGCAGAGACAGAAAUCAGGGUGGAGAAACUCUUGAUGAAUGUGGUUUAAAAUUUGUAUUGGCUGUUCGGCUUCACACGUUUCUAACAACUGCACUUCCUCCUGUACAUCGAGCUCAACUCCUUCACCAAGGCUUAUCUACUAGUCAUUUUGCCUGGGCGUUUCAUUCAGUAGCAGAAGAAGAACUACUGAGCAUGCUCCCUGCAGUGCAGAAAGGAGAUCCAGCAUGGUCAGAACUCAGAGCUAUGGGUAUAGGAUGGUGGGUUCGGAAUAUCCAUAGCCUGCGGAAAUGCAUAGAAAAGGUGGCUAAAGCAGCCUUUCAGCGAAACAAUGAUCCACUUGAUGCGGCUAUUUUUUACCUUGCAAUGAAAAAGAAGGCUGUGAUCUGGGGACUCUACAGGUCCCAAAAAGACACUAAAAUGACACAGUUUUUUGGAAACAACUUUACUGAGGACAGAUGGCGUAAAGCAGCAUUGAAGAAUGCUUUUUCUUUGCUAGGCAAACAGCGUUUUGAACAUUCUGCAGCAUUUUUCUUAUUGGCAGGACACUUAAAAGAUGCAGUGGAGGUCUGCCUUGAAAAACUGAAUGACAUUCAGUUGGCUCUUGUAAUAUCAAGACUUUAUGAAUCAGAGUUUGAAGUAUCUAGUACUUACAAAUCUGUACUACAGAAGAGAAUUCUGGGAAGUAUGUGUCCUGGAAAAGAGAGCUUAGGAAACAUGCACUGUGACCCUUUUCUGCGAAGUAUGGCUUACUGGAUUUUGGAAGAUUAUAGCAAGGCUCUUGACACUUUAAUUAAACAUUCUGUUGAAGAUGGAGGUGAAGGAGAUGGCUCAUCAAGUUGUAACCCUGCAGUGUUUAACUUCUAUAACUAUUUAAGAACACAUCCUCUCUUGUUGAGACGUCAUUUUGGCUCUUCUGAUACAUCCUCCACACACAUUUGCCUAACAGUAGAAAAUGGAUUAGCUGACAAAAUCAACGUGGGUGAAAGACAGCUGUUUUUUACCACUGCAUAUGCUCAUCUAAAAGCUGGUUGUCCUAUGCUGGCAUUAGAAGUGUUAUCAAAGAUGCCCAAAGUUGUCAUGAGGUCAAAGUCAUUCUGUAGAUCUCCUAGUUUAAUGGAUACUAGUAAAGACUUCUCACCAUCUUCUCCAGUUAAAGAGUUAGAAACAAAAGACCAGUCUUCCAGUAUUGAUUGGUCACAGCCAGUGCUGAAUGGUCUAGGUUCCUCUUCAGAUUGUUCAUCAGGAAAACAUUCAAGUUCAACUCUUUCCUUUGAAUGGAGCCAGCCAGGUGUGAUAUUCCAAGAUGAGCCCUUAAAACUACAGUCAGACAGUGAUGGAAGUGAGAGUGAAGAUUCUUCCCUGGUAAUGAAAGAGCUAAAACCUCUGAAGAAAACUGAAAAAUUAUAUGAAGCAAGUUCUAGCUACACAGAAUCUUUCAGUGUAGUUGAUGACAAAGAUAUUCUAAGUCAAUCAGAAGAUGUAAUUUCAGCACAACUGAAGUUUAGAGCAUGCCUUAAAAUUCUUACUGUAGAGCUUCGUACGCUGUCUACUGGUUAUGAAAUAGAUGGUGGGAAGUUGAGGUAUCAGCUUUAUCAAUGGCUUGAAAGAGAAGUGGUAGCUCUUCAAAAGACAUGUGAUUAUAGUGUUGAAGAUACACACUCAGAAAUUAGUGUGAUGCCAAAGGAAACUACAUUACAUGAAAACACUGAAGAUUUAGCUGACCAGCAAAAACAUAUACUACAGAAAGAAGACUUUCAGAAGAGACGGCAGUGGCUCCUGAAAUACCAGUCUCUCCUAAGAAUGUUCCUUAGUUACUGUAUACUUCAUGGCUCUCAUGGUGGAGGUUUGGCAUCAGUCAGAAUGGAAUUAAUUCUGCUACUGCAAGAAUCUCAGCAGGAGCAGUCAAUACAGAUACCUUCCAGCCCUCUGCCAGAUCAGAGUUCCAUACCUCUCCUAUUUGCUUGCACAGCAAGUGCCAAAACAGUGGUGGCUAAUCCAUUGUUACAUCUUGGUAACUUAACUCAUGAUAUAUUGCACUCCAUAGUAAACCUUGAUUCACCACCUCAUCCAGAUAGUCAGAACAACAAGAUAUAUGUAAUGCAUACCUUAGCAGCAUCACUCUCUGCCUGCAUCUACCAAUGUCUUUGUGAUGGUCACAGCUACAGCUCAUUUCAAGCAAACCAGUUCACUGGAACAGUGUAUCAGACAGUGCUAUUAACUCAGCGCCGUUCUCUAAGAACAUCAAGCUUAGAAGAAACAGUGACUCCCAGUACAUCACCUGCUGAGUGGCCAGGAAUAACAGCUCUAAUACGUCUCUUGAAUUCUGCUGGUGAGGAAGCUCAGCCAGGUCUCACGGUUCUACUCUGUGAAAUUCUAACUGCAGUAUACCUGAGUCUGUUCAUUCAUGGCCUAGCCACACAUUCUAGCAAUGAAUUGUAUAGAAUUAUGGCUCAUCCACUUAACAAUAAGAUGUGGUCUGCUGUCUUUGGAGGAGGAGCUCAUACACCCAGCAGAGGACAAUUUCAAUUAAAGACAAAACCUGGUAGGCACUUCCCAAUGCCUAGCCCACAUCAGGUAGUAGUGUUCUCCAUGGAAUGUGUGGGGUUUUCCAAAUCCCUUGCCACCUUCAGUACUCAUAGUCCUACCAAAUUUUCAGAUGAUGGAGAGAAACAGCAAAAACGUUACAGACUGUCAUCAGAAACGUCUCCAAAAGAGAGUUCUCAGUUGCCUGCAUUGUCAUUGGUAGACCAAGAAUCUCCGUUUUACAAAGAAAGAUUUAUUCCUCCUGAGCUUAGCAUCUGGGAUUAUUUCAUUGCGAAGCCUUUUCUUCCAUCACAAAGUAGAGUGGAAUAUGAUUCAGAAGGAAGUCAGGAAAGUGGUGAAGAUGAUGAAGAUAUUGAUGGAGAUGCGUUUGCAUCAAAUUCACAUAAUCAAGAGCAUUCUAAUUCAAAUUCAUACAGUUGGUCACUGAUGAGAUUGGCAAUGGUUCAGCUGGUUCUUCACAAUUUGAAGACUUUCUACCCUUUGGUUGGACAUGAUCUUUCAGAGCUUCCAGUUAGCUCCCCAAUAUGCCAUGCAGUGUUGAAAACACUACAGCGCUGGGAACAAGUUCUUCUCCGACAUCUUGAGCUAUAUGGGGGUCCACCUCAACAUUAUAUUUCAGUUCGUGCUUCUGAAGAUAUCCUAGCUGCUGGUCCUGCAUUGCUUCGCCACAAAACUUUACUUGAGCCUACAAACACUCCAUUCAGAUCUAACAGUCAUGUUGCACUAUCUGUGAAGAGGCUCUGGCAGUAUCUGGUUAAACAGGAAGAAGUCCAGGAAACCUUUAUCAGAAAUAUUUUCACAAAGAAGCGAUGCCUUAAUGAGUCAUUAGAGGAGCACAAUGAAACCAUGAAAAAUUCUGUGGUGGAGGAGCCCAUCAUCAAUAAGGUAGAAACAGAUACAGGAUACCCAGGAAGCAAGGCAAGAAUAAUCCAUAAAGAGUCUGACAUCAUUACUGCUUUUGCAGUCAAUAAGGCUAAUCGGAACUGCAUUGCAAUAGCAUCGAGUCAUGACAUACAAGAAUUAGAUGUUUCUGCAAUUUUAGCUACACAAAUCUAUGCCUGGGUUGAUGAUGAUGUGGAAAUAGAAAAUAAAGGGGCUGAUGAUUUCUUAGUUGUACAUGCUCGUGAUGAUCUGGUAAAUGUUCAGGGAACCACUCCCUAUACUCAUAGUAAUCCCGGCACACCUAUCAAUAUGCCUUGGCUUGGUAGUACACAAACUGGCAGGGGUGCAUCUGUGGAAUAUACCAAUAAAUUUAAUGGAAUCAGAAAGGAAUUGGCAAGAAAAGAGAUGCUCAAGAAGGCUAUUAAUAAUGUCAGAAGAAUGGCUUCUCAUCCAACAUUACCAUAUUACCUGACAGGUGCUCAAGAUGGAAGUGUAAGAAUGUUUGAAUGGGGUCAUGCACAGCAAAUCACAUGUUUUCGGUCCAGUGGCAACUCAAGGGUAACUCGAAUGAGAUUCAAUUACCAAGGAAAUAAGUUUGGAAUUGUUGAUGCUGAUGGAUAUAUAAGUUUAUAUCAGACAAACUGGAAAUGUUGUCCACUUACUGGAACUUCACCUAAACCAUAUUUGACUUGGCAGUGUCAUAAUAAGACAGCCAAUGACUUUGUUUUCAUCAGUUCAUCAUCUUUGAUAGCCACAGCGGGAUCGUCUUCUGACAACAGAAAUAUUUGCCUUUGGGAUACUUUGGUUUCGCCUACAAGUAGCUUGGUUCAUGCUUUUAUCUGUCAUGAUAGUGGAGCGACUGUGCUAGCAUAUGCUCCAAAACAUCAGCUGUUAAUCUCUGGAGGCAGAAAAGGCUUUACAUGUAUAAUUGAUCUUCGACAAAAACAGCAGCAACAGUUACUCCAGAGUCAUGAUUCUCCAGUCAAAGCGAUUGCUGUUGAUCCCACAGAAGAGUAUUUUGUCACAGGAUCUGCUGAAGGCAACAUAAAGGUUUGGAGUCUGUCUACAUUUAAUCUUCUUCACGCUUUCGUCAAUGAGCAUGCUCGACAGUCUCUCUUCAGAAACAUUGGGACGGGAGUCAUGCAAAUUGAGACAGGACCAGCAAAUCACAUAUUCUCCUGUGGUGCUGAUGGAACAGUAAAGAUGAGGAUCUUGCCUGAUAGAUUAAGCCCUUUCAAUGAUGUGUUAAAAAAUGAUGUGAAAUUUAUGAUGUAGUAUUUUUUUCAGAACAGUGUGUAACAUUCCCCUUCUACCAUCCCUGAAAAUAGUUUUCAUGGAACUAGCCAACAAAGCAGAUACACAAUGAUAGGUCGUGCCACAAAGAUGCACUUUUUGUUUUUUUUUUUUUCCCCCCAUAUUUAUUACCUGAAACUUUAAGCCCCUGAUGCACUGAUGCCUUAAGGAUUAACAAUUUUCUUCUGAUUUUGAUUGUUGCCUAAACCAAAAGCUGUAUAUGGCUCCAAAUUAUGUAGUUAUAAUACUAUUAAGAUGUUGCUGAAGUGGUUUACUCUUCCUUUUGAGGUAGUUACACUCCCACCUUGGGCAUGGCCUCUGUCCAGAGGGAAACCAGAUAAUGUUACUCUUUCACUGUGGCAACUGUUACAACUGUCUCUCUUCUCAACUCUAGUCAGCUGACAUUUAAAUAUUUUACCUAUGUAUAGAAGAGAAAGCCUGUAUGAAUAGAUAGUCCUGGCCAUGCAAGCAUUCAUAUAAUAAGCCACUAUCUGUCUCCAUUCCUGGAAUCCAGGCUGUUUACCUCUCUAACUUGCCUGAUCUCCUUCCUCUGAUCUAGGGUAUAAGAAACUGAAGGAUGUUCUGUGACUUGUCUUCUGUGCUAUAGCUUGAAUCACUGCCAUCAGGAUGGCAGGCUUACCUUUUAAAAAGAAAUAUAUUUUUUACCCUGAACACUCCCUUUACAAAUAUCUGUAAAUAUUAACAUGUAUCUUCCCAGUAAAAUAGUCAAGAUUGUGUGAAGAUUUAGUCUUGAUCAAAAAGAUGCAGGAAGAUACUGCUUUAGGUUAUGGCACUAGAAUUUCUUCAAAGACUAUUUAUUUACAUGUCUGUAGAGGGGAAUAAAAUAAUAAUUUAUUUUUACUUUUUUUCCAGUAAGACUUUUAUUUAGCCCAAAGAUACUCAGUUCAGACUUAGCACUUAUGUUCUUGUUUGUCUGCUUUUCCUAAGUACUUUACAAAAAAAAGAAAAAGUAAAAAACUUCAACAGCAAAGUACUUUAAUACUGUCUUUGUACUGUAUGUUUACAUCUGGUGUAAAAUGAAAGAUAAAAUAUUUUGGAAAGGAUAGAUGGGUUGUUUUGGUUUGUUUG